ACACACACACACACACACACACACACACGGCAUAGCAGCAGCAUUUAGUUCCAGGAGUACUUGUGUGUUGAGGAGCAGCAAUACAUAAAUAUUUAUUUAUAUAUAUAAAACAUAUAUAUUUGAUAUAUAUAUAAAUGAUGAUGGACGGUGAGGACUUUGCGGUCAGCUUGCGGAGCAGACUGAGGGCGGCGUCGGCCAUGCAGGAGGAGGAGAAGCUGUACAGGAACAAUGGGGUCCUGUACCCGCUCCUCCUGUGCCCGCCCGAGAACCUCCAAGCUCUGCAGGACGUGACAGCGCGAGAUGAUGACAUCCUGCUGGUGGCGUAUCCCAAAUGUGGGUUUAACUGGAUGGUUGGUGUGUUGAAGAAGAUGAUGAUGGAGGCCACAGGGAGGAAGGUAGAAACCAGAAUGCCGCCGCUUAUGGAGUUUUUUGGACCGGAUGUCUCCCAGGUGAUGGAUCAAAGUCCCUCUCCCAGGCUUUUGGGGACCCACCUGCACCCCGACAACAUCCCUGCCACCUUCUUCACCAAGAGAGCAAAGAUGUUGGUGAUCUUCAGGAACCCCAAAGACACGCUUGUGUCCUUCUAUCAUUUCUGCAACAACAACCCCGUCCUGCCUUCUGUGUCGUCCUGGGAAUCUUUCUACGCCAACUUCCUGUCAGGAGACGUUCCCUGGGGGUCCUACUUCGAGCACGCCUUGGCCUGGGAGAAGCGGAUGGACGACCCCGACGUCAUGCUGGUCACCUACGAGCAGCUCAAACAAGACCUCGGCGAGGCCGUCCGUCACAUGUCCUCCUUCCUGGGCUUCACGCUGACCCAGGAUCAGGUGCGCCGCGUGUCCGAGGCAAGCACCUUUGCCGCCAUGAAGGAGAGCUCACAGCACGGCGGGAUUGGAAACAUCAUCUUCAGGAAAGGUGAGGUGGGGGACUGGAGGAACCACUUCACGGAGGAACAGAGCCGGCAGAUGGACCAGGUCUUCAGCCGACACCUGGCAGGAACCCGGCUGGGACGCCAGCUCAAUUACGACCUCCACUGUCUGUAGGACGCCAGGGUCAUGGCGGCCAGGUCGCCAUUUUUUUUUUUUACACUGAAAUCAUGGAACUAAUUUGUUUUGCGUUUGAACUCUGUGAAAUGCAUUGUUUUUCAUCAAAUCGUGCUGAAUAUUUGGCUGAAUAAAAAAAAUUGUGUUUUGAAAAA